GAAGAGACGGAUCGGUGUACAAGCGACCGACUUUUGUUUUUCAAUAGCGUUUUACGUCGGUGAGGGAGCAGAGUGAGGCAGGUGGUGCAGUAUUUGGACUCUAGUUCUUGACACGUUAUUCCCUCCAUAAUGAGUGAUGAUGAACUGGAAGCCAUCCGUAGCAGGAGGAUGCAGGAACUGCAGGGCAUCCAGGGCCAACAGCAAAAGCAGGAGAUGAUGCAGCAGCAACAGCAAGCAAUCAACAGUCUUCUAAAUCAGGUGUUAGAUCAGCAAGCUAGAGCAAGACUAAACACAAUCAUGGUUGCAAAGCCAGAGAAAGGAAAACAAAUGGAAUCUGUUAUUGUUCAGAUGGCAACUUCAGGACAAAUUGGUAGUAAACUGUCAGAAAAUGAUCUCAUUGCACUUGUGGAAAGAGUCAAUGCUCAGACUCAAAAAACAACUACAGUUAAGUUUGACCGUAGGCGGGCUGCUCUUGAUGAUGACGACGACUGGUAAUCAGUAUCUGAAGGUUUUUUUGAAAAUUUUGAUUUAGUGCUAUAAAUUUCUGCAAGCAGUUGCUUUCCUAAUUUCCCUGGUUGCAUAUAAACUUAUAAUUUAUAAGAUUUCAUGGUGCAUAACUUAAUACUUACAGCUGCAUAUUUUUCUCAACAGCCUUGAAUUUAACAUGUGAUGGCUGUUAAUAUAGCUACAGCAGUUUAAGUAACAUCUUAUAAUUGUGAAUUAAAAUUCAGACAUUUUUAAUAUUGCCAUUAGUCUUUCAUUAUUGGUACCGUUUUGGGGAUUUAAAACUAGUUUAGCUGAAUUUUGAAUGUUUUACAUUUAGUACUUGCAUUUUCCAGCCUGACAGUUUGGGAAGGCGUGUACAAUAUUCUUGUUAAUUAAAUUUAUGCAUAAACUGUAAAUAUUAUAAGCCAACUGUCAUAAUGGGUCCUUUGUCAUUUCUCUUUUAACAUAUUUGCAUUCCAAUGAUGCAUCAGUUUCAUAGGCAUUGAUAUAGUGGAAAUAUUUUUUAACCAAACAGGGAUAUCAGUAUAAUUUUUUUUUAUUCAAACUGAUGAAAUUUAAAAUGUAUGUGCAUUCACACAUGGCACCAUAGCAUAUCUUGUUUGGUUCACGUUGGGGAUAGCUUGUGUUAAAAUUGGUUAAUGACAUUUGACCCGAGAGUUGAAGCUUUUGUAGUAUUAAGUACUGUGUAUCAAAUUGGAAAUGUUUGUUUGCAUACAUCUCAUUUUAUCCUUAGUAAGUGGCAACCACUUGAAUAUUUAUUACUAUAUAUUUGAGUGUCCAUCCAUGUUAAGGUUAGGGGAUUGUCCCAAAGCCUCUUCAUGUGUGGCCUUUACAUACUUAUAUUUUCAGCCUGCUCUGUGAGUAGCUUGCCUUGGAAUGUUCAAUCCUCUUGUAUUACAUUUUUAUGUUGUGAAUGGAUGCAAGCAGAUCGUGAUAACUUUUCAUUUUUGUACACAUUUAUAUGCCUUAUCUGUGAAAAGUUAUACAUUGUUGGAUGAGGAUGUAUGUUUAUGUUUGGUUGUAGUAUUUAGUUUUGUUUGAAAGCUUUGUUUAAUAGGUAAUCUCUCACAACUGCUUAUGUUCUUGCAACUUUUCCCCAAAAUUACUCAUGUGUAAAUUACUCUUUACAAAUGAAUAUAAAUAUUUAAUACAGUAUGUUAAUUAUUGUGUCAAUUCAUAGCAGAUUGUAUAAUACACUAGGUACCCAACUUAGUGUUACACACUUACAGCUUUGAAACCAAUUAAUGACAUGGGCUCACAUUUGUUUGGUCAAGAUUUGUCAAGAAAUGGGCAUAAGAAAUAAGGUUGGUUUUUAGGGUGGUAAGGUAGCAUUUCUGCUUACAUGCCUAUAUAGUUGAAAUGUCAGUGUGAGAGGCUUGCCAACACCCCUCCAUUUACCCUCUUUCCACACUAAGUCAGUUCAGCUACUGCCUGCCUUUACAAAUCUGUAUUGUAUACUGUAUUAUAUUUCUUUUCUGUUUAACAUGUUACACUAAUUAUCAAGUGUUUAAUACUUUUUAUAAGCCAAAGUGAAUGGUACUUAGUAAAAAAAAAAACUAUUUAAACCAAUAUUUUAUAUUAAAACAAUAAAGGGAAUUAGAAACAAAAUAUUUUGGCUUGGAACGUCUCCAAUUAUGGUGGGUGCCUCCUCCGUUGAAGAAAAUAGUUUUGGGGCAGUACGUGUUCCUAUCCAUGCGUACUAAAAGCUGAAGAAUUUCCAUGCUCUUAUCCAUCUCGCAGUGUACCUUUCUCAACAUUGUUUUUUGUUAUUAAUGAAAACAAAGUGCCAUCCUGUGUAAUAAAAUUUUUAUUUGCA